UGCUCUUGGCAUAUGGGUACAAACGAAGCAAAGACAGAAACCUGCAACUUCAAACAGUCAGAAGGAUUCACUUCUGAUGCUGAUGCUAAAAGGAUAGCAAGAGAUACAACUUGGCUUUCAAAUGGGUCAUCUAACGAUCUCCAAAAAUGUGACACCACAGUUUCUUGGUUAAACCCUUGGCAGUUUGCACAACAAUCAUUGGAUACAAGUCUUUGUUAUUGUCACCCAUUACGACACACUGCCAUUGUUGCUAUUGAAGCAUCUGCUGCCAGGGACCGACACAGUGAAAAGUUGUAUGAAGUUGAUUCUACUCCUCCUUCAAGUUCUCCAGCGAAGAGACAAAGGGUCACCACCCUUGAAAAUGAUGCAAAUACCAAUGGUUCAAACUCCUUAGACAGGCCUUAUCUGUGUACCGGCUAUGACAUCUAUCUUGUCUGGGAACCUUGUACAAUGUGUGCUAUGGCUCUUGUUCACCAGAGGAUUAGGCGCAUAUCUUAUGCGUUACCGAAUCCUGAAGCUGGUGCAUUGGUAAGUGUUCAUAGGUUACAGGGUGAGAAAAGCUUAAACCAUCACUACGCAGUUUUCAGGGUUGUCAUGCCUGAACUUGAUUUUCCAGAAGAAAGUUCUUUUGAUAUUUCCUACCGUUUUCAUUUGUUCACAUUUUCCAGAAAAUCUUUUAUUAUAAAAUAUCUGGCUUCAUCUGUGCCAAAGAACACAACUUUCUGCAAUUUGAUCGACAAAAUUAGCAGUGAGUCGAGGUUCUGGGAUGCAUUGAAGAGCAUGAAAGUAGCUAUUGAGAGAAAUGAAGAACCGUUUCAGCGGAUGAGAUGGUUGCAACAUCUGAUUCGAGAAAGGGAAAACAUCGAAGGACAUGAUUGGGAUCGGGAUUUAGGAUCCACAGGGAUAAAAGAUAUAUCUGCUGUAUAUGUCGAACACAAAGGGAUGGCGGAAAGAUAUAUCUGCUGUAUUGUACGACGAUGUUACUGCAAACUAUAA